CCCACAUCAGACGUUUUCAGCCAGCGACAUUUUUCGUCGGCUGGUGAUUUUUACUAGAAAUAAGUCCACAAAAAAGCCGCGAAAAUGCUGGGUCGUGUCGUACCGGGUGUCACCACCCCGGUGGUCGCCGUGAUCAACUUCCAACAGAACCGUAACAUGGCUACAUUGAAAGCCAUUUCAAUCAGAUUGAAGUCUGUAAAGAACAUCCAAAAGAUUACCCAGUCCAUGAAGAUGGUGUCGGCUGCCAAAUAUACUCGUGCUGAGCGCGACUUGAAGGCAGCUCGCCCAUACGGAGAGGGUGCUGUGCAGUUCUAUGAGAGAGCUGAGGUGACUCCUCCUGAAGAUGAUCCGAAACAGCUUUAUGUGGCCAUGACCUCUGACAGAGGUCUCUGCGGUGCAGUCCACACUGGUGUAUCGAAAGUGAUCCGUACCCGUCUGGCCGAGCCCGGAGCAGAGAACAUUAAGGUGAUCUGCGUUGGAGACAAGUCGCGCGGUAUUCUGCAGCGAUUGUAUAGCAAGCACAUUAUCAGCGUGUGCCAAGAGAUCGGGCGCUUACCGCCCACAUUCCAGGAUGCGUGCAAGAUCGCGGGCGCCAUCUUGACUUCCGGCUACGAAUUCGCUUCCGGCAAGAUUGUCUACAACAAAUUCAAGUCUGUCGUCUCUUAUCAGCAAUCGGAUCUGCCAUUGUUCAGCCAGAAGGCUGUUGAGAACGCUCCCAAGCUCACGAUCUACGAUUCCUUGGACGCAGACGUGAUCCAAUCAUACAUGGAGUUCUCUCUCGCCUCUAUGCUGUUCUACGCUUUAAAAGAAGGCGCUUGCUCCGAACAAUCUUCUAGAAUGACUGCUAUGGACAACGCUUCCAAGAACGCCGGGGAAAUGAUAGACAAACUUACAUUGACAUUCAAUAGAACUCGACAGGCCGUGAUUACUAGAGAGCUGAUCGAAAUCAUCUCCGGUGCCGCUGCGUUGGAUUAAGAAAAUAAACAAAUCAGCGAAAAGCUCGCUUGGGUUCGAAACAAUUGUAUUUUCAUCAAAACUCAUUCGAUAUUAUUUACUUAUAAACUGAGAAUAUUACUCAAUUAAAUAUGUAAAAGGUUAUUAGUUUACGUGAUCCCAAAGGCUUUGAUGUAAAUUAAGAGCUUUUAUGUGUAUUACGAAGGAAAUAAAUUUUAAUUCCCAAGUGAGCGGUUACUAUAUUUAUUGCAUACUGCCGUUUCAACUUUUAACGUAAUAACAAUAGUGUGUACAUGAUUCGCCGACAUUCUAAAACGAGUGUUUGGAGUUAAUCCGUAGAAACACGCAAUUUUUUCUUCACUGGCUUUAACACCUUCUACCGAUUGGCUGGAACACUCGAGAGAUUGAUUCCUGUCUUGUUUGAUGUUGAUUUUUCAACGAAUGUGGAAUGUUAUCCAGAUAAUGUACAAUGAAAUCGAAUUAUGUAAGGAUCCAGUGGUAUUUAGCAAUAAAGAAUAUUGUUUAGAUAAUUUUGUUUUUUAUUCAUACACCUGAUGAUGAUGUUUUCUCUAAAUUUAAACACAACUACAAACUAAAACAGUGUAGAUACAUUAACUACGUCUAUUUUGCUAACGACACGUGAAUGUCAAACUUAAUUUAAUUGUAAAAUUUAUCGCUACAUAAGUCAUUUUAUUUAUUCUAUUCUAAGUCAAUUUUCGUUUCUAAAUAUUCUCUAAGUAAAAACAUUUUUAUUAGCCACAUUUUAAGCUUUCUUUUAAAUACCAGGCCACUCAAGUUUUGCGAAAAAAGUUUUAUGUAUAAGACACUGGUCACUUGUAAUUAUUUUGAAAAUUUGGAUUAUUUAAAAGUGAACAUACCACCGUUCGAUUUUCAAAUUUCCCUCCGCAUUUUUUCGAGAGUCAAUAAUGUUUCUUGUUUCAUUAAAAAAUUGAUCUGCAUCGAGAACAUUUUCGUGCUAUGAUUUUUUAUGAUUUUAAAUGUGGCUUAAUAAAGAAAAAACUUACUUUGAGGUAGGCAUAAUCAACCAUAUUAAAAACGAAUAAACAAUAAAAAAUAAUCGCUGCGGACAGGAUUCGAACCUGUGCGGGUAGAACCCAAUGGAUUUCAAGUCCAAAACCUGAUGAGUCAUUUGAUCGAUUUCCAAUGGAUUUCAAGUCCAAAACCUGAUGAGUCAUUUGAUCGAUUUCAAACUGCUUUUAUGGAUGAAGGACCUUCAAAAGCAACCA